GGGAAAGGGCAACUCUCGCCCGCUCGCGAAGGUGGCGGUUUCGCCGACGAGCGCUGCGGCUUUGGUCCGGGCUACGAAAGUUUGCCCAGCGCUUGCCCACGCUUCCCUGAGGCGUUUCCUUCGGAGGGGAUUGCUGCGGCCUUCGGUCUUGCGGUCUGUGCGCCGGAGACCCCGGAACUGCGGGAAUGGUCGGGUCUCACCUGUGCCGGGACCGGCGGGGGCGGGAUCUGAAGAGAUUUCCUGAGUGGAGUGUAAUUUUUCAAAACCAUCUUUGUUCCGUGCUGGCAUUUGUUGAAAAAAAUGUUUGGGAGAUUGACUCUUCCACAACUGCUUUUUGCUAGCAUCCUUGGAAUUGCUGGAGGAAUAUAUAUUUUUCAACCAAUAUUUGAACAGUAUUCAAGAGAUCAGAAGGAAUUAAAAGAAAAGUUGAAACUGGCAGAGAAAUCAGAAGAGAAGAAAUGUUAAAACUAUGUGGAGUUGAACUGUAGUUGCUUCAAGUUCCAUUGAAAUUGUACAUUGACUUCUCAGAUAUAUUUUAAACAUAAAUAAAUCAUAGAUGAUGAUUCUUAAAACUA